AUGCCACCAAAAGGUUGGAGAAAAAAUGCAGAUGGACAAUAUCCACAACCAAGCAGUAAAGAAAAUGAGUUGAUAUCAAUUGAUGAUAUUUUGUUUCCGAGAACUACCAUUCAGAAACUAGCCAAGAAUAUAAUUUCCGAUGACGAAAACAAUACUAGCCAAAUGACGAUAGCUAAGGAUUCUCUUCUUGCCUUACAACGAUCAGCUACAGUAUUUGUUUCUCACUUGUUGUUUCAAGCUAAGCAAAUAUCCAAAGAAGCAAAUCGGAAAACUGUGUCAGCGCAGGAUAUGUUGGCUGCAUUGGAAAGGGCAGAAUUCAGUGGCUUUAUACCCGAAGUGAAACAAAAACUUAGUGUUUUUGAAGCUAAUGUUGCUUCAAAGAAACAACUGAAAGCUGCCAAAGCAAUCUCAACAACUGAAGGUGGGGAAAAGAGUACCUUAAAGAAACCAAAACUUGACAAUGAAAGUAUGGAAAUUGAUGCUGAUGAUGUUAAUGUUAAUGGUGAUGAAGAUGAUGAUAAUAGUGCCGAUGAAAAUGAAGACGAUGAUGAGAAUUCAAAGCAAGACAUAGAAAAUGGUGAUGAACAAGAGGAGGAUGGAGACGAUGAUAAUGAUGAAACAGAAGAGGACGUUUCCAACCCCAUAUCAGCUUUAGCCAAAGAGGAGCAAGAGUUACAAGGAGUGGAGACUGAACCUGAAAUUGAAGACAAACCAGAUUCAUCAGAGACUGAAGAAGAAGAAGAUUGA